UUAAACGUCAAUGCAACGGCGCUGAAGUUUGGAUUUUGCAGUUCCUCGUCAACAACGUACCAGUCGUGUCUGUAAGAGGGAGGGCAUCUUGAGUUAAAUUAUCCGAAAUCGCCAUCUGGGAUAACGCUAGACUAUAUUGGGUUCCGAGAUGGACGUGCAGCCUGCUGGCUCUGCGGACCUUUAUGAAUUUGAUGCUCCUAGCCAUAUUUUGGAUUUCAAAACCCUUCAACCGGAUGAUCAGGCUGACCAGUGGUUUGAUUGCUCUAAGGACUUGACUGUCGAACAACAGGAAGAUGGAGACAUCAAACCAAACCUGACUACUCCUGCAGCCAAGGGAAGAGAAGGGAGCUCCGAUAAAGAGGAUUCGGUAGAAAACAUCGCACCCUCAAACAUUGUUCUUUCAUGGGGUAACAGCAAGCCAGCAGUGCCUGCUCCCACCCAAGCAAAGGCUCAACCACGCAGGGUGUCCAAGCGACCUGUAGCAGAAGUGAAGGUUGCAACUCCACCGGUUAAGAAACAGAGAAGAGUUGUACCAACACCUAAAAGAACGUUUCAUCACUUGAGGAGCUCGUCCCACACACAGAGACAGAGACGAGUUGUGAGGAGCAGUCGCAGACUUAGUCAAAAGUCUGCAGCUUCCACAGCUAAGGCCCAGGCUCCUGCUGCUCCUGCUUCUUCUACUACUUCUGCCAAGCAGAGGAGCACUGAGCAGCAGGAGAUGGAACGCAUUGAAGCUCUCCAACAUGAGGUGGCUGAGCAACGACGCCGUAACGAAGCCAGCUACAAAGCGGCCCUUGCUGGCAGUCAACCUGUGAAGAAACAAGUUCUGUCCACUACAAUACCAAAAGAGUUCCGCUUCCGCUCAGAUGCACGGAUAAAACGCACCGCCACAGCCACAAAUUCCAGUUCCACCUACACAGAGAUGGAUUUUAAUUCCCAGCUCCGGAAGCACCAAACUUCACCUGUAAAGGCACCACCAAAGGCGACCGUUCCCAAGCCAUUCAAUCUAUCUCGUGGUGGCAAACGAAAGCAUGAGGAGUCUGCUGGUUAUGUGUCUAUAGCACAGCAGAUUGAACAGUACCAGAAACGCACACCAGUGCGCUAUCACUUACGAAGUCGACAAAGUCAAGAGCGAGGUCCCUCGCCAGUGAAGGCUGAGCGGCCAAAGGUUACGCACCCAAUGACCCCUCAGCUGAUGACCCGCCAGAGGAGCCGCCCCCAGGUGGUGAAGAGUACGGCUGAGAUUGAGGCUGAAGAGUUGGAAAAGAUUCAGCAGUUUAAGUUCAAAGCCCUUGAGCUCAAUCGGAAAAUACUGGAGGCUGCUGUGGUGCCCAAGAAGCCAACAGCCAAGGGAGUCACCCAACCCGAGGGGUUCCAGUUGGAGAUUGAGAAGCGGCUGCAGGAGAGGCAGGCCAGUAAAAAGCCAAAGGAAGCCGAAGACCACACCUUUCACUCCAGACCUCUGCCAGUGAAAAUCCUGGAGGAGGUGGUGGGUGUGCCAGAGAAGCGAAUGGCACCUCCAACAGUACCAGAGUCUCCAGCUUUUGCUCUGAAAAACCGUGUCCGUGUGGAGCGACAGAUUGAAGAGGUUAAACCGGUACGCAUCAAGGCUGUCCCUGUGCCACAUUCUGUACCUUUCCAGCCUAAGCUUACUGUAAAGAGUGCUGUGGAGAUGUGCCCAUUUUCUUUUGAGGAGCGGGAACGUGAAAGGAGAGCAAUGAAGGAGAAAAAACUGGAAGAGCUUCGUAAGGAGGAGUUGCACGAGUUCAAGGCCACGCCACUUCCAGACUUCACGGAGAUCAGCCUUCCGGAGAAGAAGGUGGCAGAGCCCACCAAACCCGAGCCCUUCAGGCUUCAGAUCGAUGAGCGGGGAGCAACCAAGAGUGACCGUUGGGAGAGAAUGAUGAAGGAAGAGCUGAAACAACAGGCUGAGGCUGCCAGCUUUAAGGCUCGACCCAACACAGUCACACACAAAGAGCCAUUUGUCCCCAAGAAGGAGAAUAGAAGUAUCUUGGACAAUACCACUAAUUCUGUAGCCACUGAGGGAUUUCAAUUGAGCACCGAGCGGCGGGCCAAGGAGCGGGAGGACUUUGAACGGGAGAAGAGUGAGAGGGAGGCGCUCCGAGCCCUCCAGGAGCAGGACCGGCUCCGGGAGCAGGAAGACCAGGAGCGCGAGCAGGUUGCCCGUCUGCGCCAUGAUUUGGUUCACAAGGCACAACCAGUCAGGCACUACAAGCAAUUGGAGGUGAAGAAAAGUGAGCUUCCACUGACUGUUCCACAAUCUCCAAAUUUCUCAGACCGAUUCCGCAUGUAAAUUUACUACGACCAUCUUAACUAUUGCGUGUGUGCUUCUUUUUAUAAAUUGUAUAUAUUUUGACUACUGUUUUUAGACCUAAGCUUCGGCAGCCAUUGUCUUUUUCAUAUUGCUUAACUUUUCAGUUCUAUUUUUAAUUCUAUUUUACUGUCCCCCAUAUUUCCUGUCUCUUUUUUUCAAAAUAAAGGAAAUGCACACCUCUCA